AUGGAGUCGUACGUGGUGAGCUGUAAAUAUGCUGAGCCGCAGUUCCCGCCUUGUGAAGAAGAUUACAGUAAUUUUAGUGACCAAGGGGGGUAUUAUAACAACCCUCAGGACAGUGGUACUUAUGGAGGGGGCUACCAGCCCAUGCAGCCCCCUCCGCCUCCGUACACAGCACAACAAACCGGCUAUCAACACUCUUUGCAGGGACAUCACCGGGAGGAUGGAGAGGAGCACGCGCAGCACCAAGCUGCGCCCUUCCCUGGAUACAGGGAGACAGAAGUCCCCGGAAAGGAGAGGUUCCCCGUGGAUGACCUGCAGUGCCAGGCCUGGAUGACCUGUGCAAAGCCCGCUCAGGUGCAGAGGAAGACGGCCUGCCAGGGGAAGGACAAGCCGCCUAUUGUUGUGUACCCGUGGAUGAAGAAGGUGCACGUCGCUCAAGUAAAUCCUAACCACAUGGGACCGGAACCAAAGCGUUUACGGACGGCGUACACGCGCCAGCAGGUUCUAGAGCUCGAGAAGGAAUUCCACUUCAGCCGUUACCUCACGCGCCGUCGGCGCGUCGAGGUGGCUCACGCGCUCUGCCUGUCCGAGCGGCAGGUGAAGGUUUGGUUCCAGAACCGGCGCAUGCGCUGGAAGAAGGACAACAAGCUACCGAACACCAAAGGGAAGAACAAGAACAAGAAAACGACAGACAGCAACAACAAAAACAACAACAACGACAACAACAGCAGCGACAGCACCGUGAAGGCGGUGAUAACGCUGUGAGGACAGGAUGGUGGCUGUUUGGCCGCCAUGUUUGCACCUUCACUCUCCAAAACUGAUAAACACAUCCAGGGUGACUGCAGCCAACGCAAACACAGACUGCUUUAAAAAUACACGUUCUCAUUUUGCCGGCCUCGUGCUAUGACUUUUAUUUCGUGUAGCCAAGGCUAUUUAUUUUGUUGUGUAUUCAAUCUGAUUUAAGUUCAGCUUUUAUUCAUCAAACAUUGUGUUUAGGUCCGAGCUGAUCUUGGCUGUAGAUGAGGACAUUUCGUUUUUGACCUCCGGUAAUAAAGGCGCUUGUUGCCGAGGAGUCACAUCUACGGUGAGCGAGGAGAGAUGAGUCUUUUGGAGAAAACAGGGUUUUAUUUCUACAGGGUAAACAUAUCCUAAUACAGGGUUUAUAAUAGCUACCUAGAGAAUAAAAUAGCCUAAUUUAUAAAUAUGCACAUUACCAAAAUCUUUUUUUUUACACAAGCAGGCGCUUAAAGGGGCAAAUCCAGCCUUUGCGUAAAGGUUGGACAUACUGUUCAAGCAUUUAUUUUAUACUUAGAGGAGCAUCCAAAAGCAUUUAGUGGGAUAAGUAGCCAUAUCGUGCUUUUUUUUAUCUCCAAAGGUGAAUGAACUUUUUUAAAAACAGCAUUUUGAGUGUAAGUCACGUUUAUGCUUGAGGGGGAAAAAUAAAAAUAAAACAAACAGAUUGGAGGUACAGUUUUUAAUGCACGACUUGACUGUAAAUCCAACAUCAUUUUUCUCAGGGUUACAGGGUUUUUUUAUCAAACAGAACUUUUCUAAAACAUGCAUUAUUUGAUCAAGUGCUGGGUUAUUGUUUUUCCAUUUGAAUAAAUCCUGUAUGGAACAGCAUAAUGUUGCUUUUUCAGAUAACACGUUCUCUUUGAUUCCAGUUCAAUAUGCUAUUGAUUUUAGUUAUACAGUCUAUACGCUAGCCUACUAUUGCUGUUAGUAUUAUGU